UUGCUGUCUGAGUCCGCGGAUGUUGUAGCAUCCAGGCUAACUUGCAGUGAGGAGUUCCGCUGCCGCCUUAGCUGCGCAGUGAGGAACUGCCGCCUUUGCUUUGAAGCUGCCUUCUAGUAGUGUGCUUGAUGCCCAUAGUUCUUGUAUUGGAAUAACUAGUGCGGGACAGCUCCCUGCCCACCCUCUGCAGGCUGCUUAUAUUCUUAUAGACCUCUGUGAUAUGCCCUAUCAGCUGUACCUUCUCUAGGCUGAACAGCCUGUUGAAUCGUUCUGCAUACAGAAGCUGCUCCAAAUCUUGUCAUCUUAUGUUACUUUCCUGAAUCUUUUUCCACACUAUUAAUAUUUCUGAGUUGAGGGAGCUAUCCCCACCUUGCACACUGUGUUCAGGAUGUAAGCUUACCAUGGAUUUGAGCAGCAGGCAGAAUUACAUUAUAUUUUAUCCUCUAUUCUUUUCCCAACAAUUUCUAACAUUUGAUAAGCUUCUUUUGUUUGCUCUGGAGUUGUGACUUUUAUCAGUCUGUUCUAACUCCAAGACUUUGUUCCUGAAACAAGAACAUCCUAGGCCCAUCCUGGCCUAUGUGCAAGGUAUAGAGGCUUUUCCUCUCUGCAAGUCUUUAUGUGCAAUCAGCUUUCCUGUCAUUCCCCUGUUCCCCGGUCAGUCAGCAUCCAAAGGCUGCCAGGUUCUUUACAUUCAGCUCCUGUCUCUCUAAUUCAGAAUACCAGAAUCAUCAUCAGAUGUUUCCAUUUCCCCUUUCCCUCCUUUUCCACUUUAUUUAGGGUUUCUUGUUCUGUGGCAGCUUAGUUUCUUCAACAGUUUUGAAGGACAAAAUGUCUUUUGGGAAUGACUUUGGACUCCAGACCUUGCUUCUGCGGAAACGGGUGACACCUCUGAAGAACUCCCAAGAGGUUUGUGAGGUGCUGGAGACUAUCACUGUGUUCUUCCCACUGCUGUGAGGUAGAGCAGAGCAUCGGCCAAAACUCAUGCUACUGCCAGAUUCUCUUGAGAGAGAGAUCCAGGCGUACAGUGACGUUCCGGCUGUGUAUACUCACCCUACUUAACUGGAGCUACCACAUUCCUUGUAUCUCCCAAGCUUAUUCAUUUUGGUCAGUUCAGCCUUACCUUUCCAGUAUUAGGUCUGGAGGGAUUUGUCUCCCUCCAGAAUGUCUAGGAGUGGCUCCCUCUCUCACCUUGUAAGAGAGAGAUCACACCCUUGUGCUCUUUCCAGUCAAAAUGCCUUCAGUGAGUUCUGGUCAUCAUGAUUUUGAUCAAAUCCUUUAUACUCAACUUGCCUAGGAGGCCAGAGAGGAUAACCAGUAGCAGAAGUAACAAAAAUGGUUGGGGAAGUUUCAUAGAUGAGAGCUUGAGCCAUGGCUAUAAUCACUGUAAUAAGAAGCUUGAAACUUCUGACCUUCCCAAAGUACAGAAUACUGUACAAACUUAAUUCUUUUGGACUUUGAAGGCUUCUUUAAGUGUGAAAGAAAUUCUGUGCAAGUAUCCAAGCUAGGGUAAGUGAAGGAUAUCUCUUUGGGCAGAACAGCAACACAGCAACAUGUCUAGCUCCAUCAUCCCCUCAGUAAGUCUGACAUACAGCUCAAGAGCUUCAUGCCAACCUGCCACAGAUGUCCUCUUCUUGUCCUGUCUUUGGAUAUCACCUUUCUCUUUUCCUCCAGGCCUGGAUGGGAGUAACUGCAGACAAAUGGAAAUGCCUCCAUGGUGAAUAGCAAAGUUCCAGUUUCUGUUCCUCUCAAGGGACCAUUUUAAUGAAAACUAGCUGAGGGAAGAACUGGAAUCACUGCCACACCAGACUGCUGUGAAAGGUUGAGGAGUGACUCUCCUCUUCCAAGGCAUGCUCUUCCUUAUUGCAACUCUGCCAGACUACUGGAAGCACCUAUGCUUUGUACAUCGAUCCCACGGUACUGCUGAGGAUGGGAUUGUGAGCAAGAAAGAGGAAAAUCCCCAGCAGGGCAUUCCUCGGCCAGUGGAGCCAGAAGAUUUACUAUCAGGACUCUCCAAGGAGAACAGUUCCCAGAGUCCUGAACAGGAUCCAGUUCACCCACGCAGGUCGGAAACGGUUCAGAGAACUCCCCUGGGGAAGAGGCAAAGCAGAGUGACACUACGUGGAAAAAGUUUCAGGAGGCUGCCAGACACGAGCCAGCAGAGAAAUCCUGCUGCAGGGAGGCUGACAAUAUGUGGAGACUGUGGGAAGAGCUUCCGGGUGAGCUCCAACCUGGUCCAGCACCAGAGAAUCCACACCGGGGAGAAACCCUUUGGCUGUGCCGAGUGCGGGGAGAGCUUCCGGCAGCGAUCGCAUCUCAUCCAGCACCAGAGAAUCCACACGGGGGAGAGACCCUACGAGUGCUCAGAGUGUGGAAAAAGCUUCAGCAUGAGCUCGAAGUUGAUCCGGCACCAGAUAACCCACACCGGGGAGAAGCCCUACAAGUGUGCCGAGUGCGGAAAGAGCUUCUCUGGGAACUCGCAGCUGGUCCAGCACCAGCGAGUGCACACGGGGGAGAAACCAUUCGAGUGUAGCGACUGUGGGAAGAGCUUCAGCGUUAGCUCAGCCCUGACGCGACACCAGAGGGUCCACACAGGGGAGAAGCCAUACGAGUGUGUGGCGUGCGGCAAGAGCUUCAGCCAGAGCUCUGAGCUUAUGAAGCAUCAGCGGGUCCACACAGGGGAGAAGCCGUACGAGUGCUCUGAGUGUGGAAAGAGCUUCACGGUGAGUUCUGCCCUCAUCCAGCACCGGCGGUUCCACAUGGGCGAGCGCCCCUAUGGUUGCACCGAGUGUGGAAAGAGCUUCACUGUGAGCUCCCACCUCAUCCAGCACCGCCGCUUCCACACGGGCGAGCGCCCCUACGAGUGCGCUGAGUGUGGGAAGAGCUUCCUGUGGAGGUCAGCCCUGCUCCGGCACCACAGGGUCCACACUGGGGAGCGGCCCUAUGCCUGCGCUGACUGCGGGGACAGCUUUCGGCAGAGUGCCCACCUCAUCCAGCACCGGCGGAUCCACACUGGGGAGCGCCCCUACGCCUGUGCCAGUUGUGGGAAGGGCUUCACCGUGAGCUCUGCGCUCCUCCGGCACCAGCAGAUCCACAGGGGAGAGGAGCCCUAGGAGGGGUGAGUGUGGGGAGCAGUUAUGUCCGAUACCCUGCGAGCAUCCCAGGGAAAGUGAAGCCCAGGGUCUCUCUCCUUUCAGUCUAAUAACCACCCUGCUUUUGGAGGGUGAAAGCAAUUUCUUUUUAGGAGAAUGAGUCCUGAAAGGUAGAGAUGGAAGAAGAGGCGAGUUGGUGCAAGAAGCUGAAUUGAGAGUCUGGAGAAGAGUGUGUGACAAAGCAGAGGAAGGAGGUGGUGUUCAGAGGAGUGGCUCAUGGGAGAGGGAGAGGAGUGAAGUAGUUUGAAAAGGCUGGAAGAUGUUUGGUGUAUUUAAGAGAAGGGAAAUAUUUUGCCUUUUCUCUGUGCAUACAGUGUUUCAAACCAUUUACAGAGGAAACUAAAUGAACCAUCUGAGAGCAUGCAAAGCACUAAUUAGAAAAAUGAAAGCUCUUGCAUUCCCUUCCUGCUACUGCUUUGUUUAGAAGCUCUGAGUUACUACUCCAGGCUGUGGUCUGCGCCUGUAGCACAGAGAAGCUGUAAGCCUGGUGCGCCUCAACUCCCUGUUGCUGUUUGCCCGCCUGAGCCGUGUCCCAGCGCGCAGCAGAGUCCUGCACGGUGGGCUGCAUUCACAGGCCAUCGGUCUGAGGCCUUAGUCCACCCCUCUGGGGAGCGGUGGUGGCAAUUGCUGCGCAAGCAUGUAAUACUUGAUGCCUGCCUUGGUAGUGGCCAGAGGCCUCUCUGGGAACUGCGUCUGCACAGCUACUGAAUUUGUGCUACUCCUGUUCACUGGGUUUCUGCUUGGAGAAGCCAGCCUCUUUCUCCGGAAACCGUGCGGACGGGCUUCCUGGUGUUAAAGGUUUGAGGAUCAUUUUUGUUUUUCCAUGUGGGAAUUGAAUGUUCCUUCUGAAAACACUGGGAGUAAGAAGUGAAUUGUAUGUUAAUGAGACUUAAUUAUUUCUAAAAUGUCCAAAUAAAACCUUUUAAAAAAUA